GUUUUGGGUUUGGACCUCCAAAAAUUGGAGUCCAUGUGUAUGAAUCACCCACACCCAUGACCCACUGUUUCAUCUAUACAAUUGAAUCCAAAAACCCUUUUUUUGGGUUAUUUUCUCUUCACUGGCGACGGCGAUUCCAUCGUCUCUCUCGUCAUUGCCGACGGCGACGGCCACUGCCUCCGUCAUCCUCUCUUCAGCUUACCCGUCUGCCAUUCGCCCUUCCCUUUGCUCAAAGAUUUCUCACUCACUCAUUCUCUCUUCAGUUAGAUCAGUUUGCCGAAGCUUAGAACACAAGGGUUUUCAUGAGGUAUAAGAACUGAGAAGGAAAAGGGGAUUAAUCCCAACAAACCCCACAAAGAUCCUAACCAACCCGAUUUGGGUUUUCUCAAUUCGACUGAGAAACCCAGUUCCGGUAAUCUCCAUCUUCACUCAUGCUCAGAUUUUCCCUCUCCCCACUUACUGGUUUUCGGUUCCUUCUGCAAUGAAGUUGAAAUUGAUGUGAAGUGAGUUAGAUAUGAAUUCUAGGAGUUACAUCUCAGGUUUCGUUGUAGAACUGGCCAGCUUAAUGAAAGGGACGAUAUGAAAUACUUAUUUGCCUGGAGGGUAUUGUUUUCUCAAUUUUACUGGAGAGAUAUGAUUAAGUCGUGUAAUUAACCAUGCUUUUGCUACAUCGUGUUGCUAGAGUUAAAUCUAAAACAAAAAAUGGAAUUUUUGUUUCCUCGUUUAAGGACAUCUUCAAUGAUGCUCUUGUAUCUGCCUCACUUUGUCCCAAUUUACAUUCUGUUUCGUCUGCUGCUGGAACUAGUGGUAAUGGAAACAGGGAUAUUCCUAGGUUUUUCCCUUGGAAAAUUGCUUCAACCUUAUCAGCUGGUGCAGAUGGGAUGAUUACCAAGGAAGUAGCGUCGUCCUUUAAGGAGUGGUUCAAAUCUGGAAGCAACCCUUUGUAUGGUAAAAUCUUCCAAAUCCUCCGUGGGGCUAGAGAUGACCAAGAAAUACCAUAUCGUCCUUCCGCUGCUGAUCUUGCUCUUUCAAGGCUUGGCCUUCGCCUCAAUGAGUCAUUUGUGUUAGAUGUCCUCCGUUUUGGCUCCAAGGAUGUUCUGUCUUGCCUCAAGUUCUUUGACUGGGCUGGACGCCAGGAAAGGUUCUUCCAUACACGUGCCACAUUCAAUGCCAUCCUUAAGAUUCUCUCCAAGGCCAAGCUCGUUUCCCUCAUGUUUGAUUUCCUUGAAAACUGUGUGCAACAUAAACUUUACCACAUGCCUUGUUUUUACAAUAUUUUGGUUAUGGGUUAUGCCGCUGCUGGUAAACCCAUUUUUGCUCUUCAUCUGUUUGGUAAAAUGCGCUUUCAAGGCCUUGAUCUUGAUCCUUUUUCCUACCAUGUUCUUUUGAAUUCUCUUGUUGAGGAAAAUUGCUUUGAUGCAGUGAAUGUUAUUAUCAAGCAGAUCACCUUGAGGGGAUUUGUGAAUGAGAUCACACAUUAUUUGAUGCUAAAAAGUUUCUGCAAGCAGAAUCAGUUGGAUGAGGCAGAAACAUUCUUGCAUGACUUGGUAGAUAGUGGGAAAAAACUGAAUGGGCGUAUGUUGGAUUUACUUGUUGGUGCAUUUUGCCAAAGUGGAAACUUUGAGCGGGCAUGGAAGUUGGUAGAAUGGUUUAGAGACUUACAGAUAGUUUCAAUGGAGCAUGUGUAUGGUGUGUGGAUUACAGAACUUAUUAGGGCUGGAAAGUUGGAGAGUGCUCUACAGUUCUUAAAUAGCAGCAAGUUAGAUGGACGUUACAUUCCUGAUGUCUUUCGUUAUAAUAUGUUGAUUCAUAGACUUCUAAGAGAAAACCGGCUUCAGGAGGUGUUUGACUUGCUUACGGAGAUGAUGGAUCAGCAUAUUUCCCCUGAUAAAGUUACAAUGGAUGCUGCCAUGUGUUUCCUUUGCAAAGCUGGGAUGGUGGAAGUUGCACUUGAAUUAUACAACUCCAACUUUGAAUUUGGGAUUUCCCCCAAUACUAUGGCAUAUAACUAUUUGAUCAAUGCUUUAUGUCGGGAUGGAAGCACCGAUGAAGCAUACCGCAUCUUGAAAUGCUCCAUAUAUGAAGGUUACUUUCCAGGAAAAAAAACAUUUUCUAUACUUGCAAGUGCUUUGUGUCGAGAGGGAAAGCUCGAUAAGAUGAAGGAGUUGGUUAUUUUUGCCUUAGAGAGGAACUGUAUGCCUAAUGAUUCCACAUAUGACAAGUUUAUAUAUGCUUUAUGUAGGGCUAGGAGAGUUGAAGAUGGAUACCUGAUUCAUUGUGAACUUAAUAGAAUAAAUGUAGUAGCCACAAGGAGUACUUACUUUGUUUUGAUAGAAGGUUUUAUCAAGUCAGGAAGGGGUGAUAUUGCUGCAAGACUACUAAUUGAGAUGCUGGAAAAGGGUCACAAUCCACCUAGGGGUCUAUUUAGAUCUGUCAUUCUCUGUCUUAUUGAAAUGGAGAAUAUGGAAAAGCAAUUCUUUAACUUGCUUGAGUUACAGUUAUCUUGUCAAGAACCCAAUUCUGAGGUGUACAAUAACUUCAUUUAUGCAGCUGGACGUGCAAAAAAGCCUGAGCUUGCAAAUGAAGUAUACCAUAUGAUGUUGAGAAAUGGAAUCCAACCAAAUUUGAGUUCUGACAUUCUUUUGCUAAGGGGGUACUUAUAUAGUGAGCGCAUUUCUGAUGCUUUGAUUUUCUUAAGUAAUUUGUCUCAGACAAGAACUAUUGGGAGGAAAAUCUCCAACGUCGUGGUUGUUGGUCUAUGCAAAGCUAACAAGACUAAUCUUGCAUUUGAUUUUUGGAAGCACCUGAGAGAUAAGGGUACAGUACCUAGUAUUGAAUGCUACGAGGAACUGGCUAAGCAUUUCUGUCAAAACGAAAGAUAUGAUGCGGUGGUAAAUCUUUUAAACGAUCUUGAUAAAGUUGGGCGUCCACUUACAUCCUUUCUUGGUAAUGUACUCCUAUAUAGUUCAUUGAAGACUCAAAAGCUCUAUAAAGCCUGGGUUAACUCAAGAGUGGGACAGGUGGAGACUUCUCAAAGUUCUAUGCUUGGCCUGCUAAUUAAGGCAUUUUCUGGCCAUAUUAGAGUAAGCCAGUCUAUUAAGAACCUGGAAGAAGCGAUUGCCAAGUGCUUCCCACUUGAUAUCUAUACGUACAAUCUAUUAUUGAGGACGUUAAUCACAAGUGACAUGGAACGAGCAUUUGAAUUGUUUGAUCGAUUGUGUGAGAAAGGGUAUGUGCCAAAUAAGUGGACUUAUGAUAUAUUGGUUCAUGGUCUUUUCAAGCAAGGGAGGACGGUAGAGGCUAAGAGAUUGUUGGAAAUAAUGCAUAAAAAAGGGUUCAGUCUGACAGAGUGUACCCAAGCACUUAUUUUAUCCAACAGUGUUCACAUGAGGUCGUGAUCUACAUAAAUUUUUGCCCUUUGUGCUCCUUCCUCAAAAUAUUAUUUUAUUUCGUCCAAUGAAGAGUGGGAAACCCUGAAGAUUUUGUCCAGCAAAGCAUCAAUGCAUUUCUUGGCCUAAUAUUUCAUGGAACAAGUGGUGUAGAAGAUUGUUUAGUCAAAGAGAUAGUGGUUUCCAAUCCAACCAUUUCUACAGUUCGAAAUAAUUCUUCUUAUUUUAAAUUAUAAUGAUUUGUUGUAAUUUUGAAUUAGAGUCCUCAUCUAAAUUUUUGUAAGCUGUUUGCAAGAUGAGUAACAAGUCACAUGAUACCAAUAUAAUGCUUCGUCAAUGCAUUUGAAGGAAUCCCAGAAUAUUUGGAACUAUACUUCUCUUUAUGCUGGCAAAGUGCAUUCGUUAUUUAUUUAUUAAAUUUUCCAAUGUUCUCGAGGAAAAAAAAACUGAAAAAUAGCAUGUAAAAUUCUAGAUAAAAAAUGUAAGGAAACAUAAUAAGUGGGAAGUUUCAGAAGACUUCAAAAAUCUUUGAAUCUUUUUUUUCCUUUCUUUUUCUCUUUUUUUUUUUAAAAAAGAAAAUUUCUUUUAAUGUUUUUUCAUGAUGAAGUAACGAAAAUUUCUUUUUGUGUGUGUGCACGUGCGUGGGGGAGAGGGGGAUGGUGGAUUGCUACUUCAAGGAUUCAAAUUCAUUGUGUUUACUCAUAAUGCUAGCAAUGAAUCAAUUCAGUAUGUUUACUUAUGGAUGCUCAUUGACAGUUACUUAGUCAGGAGACUCAGGACUAUCAAUUGAGCUCUCUUAGCAUAGACUGCGUUUAACACUCAGUCUGUCUGUGCUCGAUGGUCUUUUGUUGCAGCUGAUGACAUGGUUGUUCUGGAGGCAAGUACAGUUUUUUGACAACAUUGGUGGUUAAAAGCAUCGUUGGCCUUGGCUCUGCUUUCCAAGUUUAUACCAUUUAUUUUCUUUUAAAUAAUGGUUUGAUGGGUAAUUUAUGGCUCAACCAACUCCCACUUUGGAGUUUUUUCUCCAGUUGAUACAGAACGUGGAAUAUUGUUGUUUUUCUGUUGUUUGGGGAGUCCUCUGUGGGGAGAAGGACAUUUUGCUUUUGGUGUCCUAAUCCAUCGAGGGUUUUUGUUAGGAUACCUCCUAACAAGAAUCAGUAUAUUUCAUAUAUUGAGAAUUAAUGAAGAGCUACAAUAUUAUCCAAGUUUAUGGUACUUGGGACCCCUCUCUUGAGAAUAUUACUCGAGGCCUAACUACUCAACAACCCCCAUCUUCCUCACCAACCUCUUAUUUAUAACCACUACUCUUGGUAACCGGCUAAUUAUCUAAUUACCCUUAUAUCCCUAAUCCUAUACUAAUCUUGGUAUCUAACAGUCCUUUUUCCUUCAUCUGCUAAACACCUCUCCUUUGAGAAAAUAGAAAUUUCCAAGAAGAUGAAGCUUUAGUUUGGCCUGGUGCGCAAAAGCACCUUGGACAGAGUGCCUAAGUAGAUGCCUGAUUUGGUGGGAUUCUGGUGUUGCAAUCUUUUGCAGAAUGUAAUCAGAGGACCUGGAUCAUUUUUUUUUGGUGUGCAACUUUUUCUAUGUGGCAUGACUUGUUUCUUUGAUGAGUUUGGUGUGAGUAGGCUGGACAUAGUGAUUGUAGAGAGAUGAUCGAGAAGUUCCUUUCUCCACCUUCCCUUUAGGCGAAUACAUUGGAAAUAUUUGGUUCUUUCAAUGUUUAUAUUCUUUGGCCAAACUAAAUCUUUAUAUGGGUGUAUUUGCUGUUUUAUAUAUAAUUUUCUUUUUCACUCAUUUUCAAAAUUUGUAUGCGUUAAGUUUCUUGUUAGAAAAGGGAAGUUAUAGCAAUACCAACAGAUUGAAACAUGCACUUGCCAGUUUGAGUCUGAAGAAGUCUUGAGUAAUGUUGAAGCUAAAGAUAAAAUAUGCAGUGCUGUACAACAUAACUCUAAAUUUCUGAAAAAUGUGAACAAGAGUGUCUAAAUCAUCUUAAUGUCCAGGAGAUACAUUACGAUGCAAAGCAGUGGCAAUAUCCCAGCUGAAGGCCGCUGCAAUAAGAUGGUUUUGUGUAGUUAUAACUAUACCAAGAGUUUUUUUGUUCCUCAUCUUUGUGAAAGAUAUUCUGAAUUUGUUUUGUUCUAGAGCCUUUGUGAUUCUUGCCUAAUCAGGCAUUCAAUCAUGUGCCUCUUGAAUCUGGAACAAGCAGGGAGGUUUUCUUUAGAGCGUUCCUCCCUACCACCUCCCUCUCUCUAUCUCUCUCACACACACACGGAAGGUACUUUUCAUUGAAGAAAUGAAAAGAGAUUAAUCUUGAAGUGGAAGACAAAAGAAAGACAAGAGAUUAAUGUUUGGGUGGAGGCUUUUACAUAUUUUUAUAUCCUUAUGAGGCUAUGUUAUCUAUUAUUUGAUGGCAAUUUUUUAUUCCAAUUGCUUUUGUUUGGGUUGGAGUUUAAUUGACGUGGGUUGUUUCUUUUAGGAGAUCGAUUCAUUAUGAUUUCCAGCAGCUUCUUUUGGAGGUUCGUCAAGCAUCUAUGAAGUGUUUGGAGCAUUUCUUAAGGCUAUGUUUCAUCAGUUGUAGGUUUUGCUGUCAAAGUAUCUCCAGCCGGGUUUUUGGGUUGAAAGUUUGUGUGGUGUUAUAUUUCUAAGUCUUCAGUAUUUUUUUCUUUUCAAGUCUUUUGUUUGUAAUGAUUUCCUUUAUUUUUAAUGGCUAAUUUUCUGUUUGGAUUAUAGAAUCUUUAGUGCUAUUGUUGUUUUCUUUUAUUUCUGUUUCAACUUUCGUUGUAAUUUUGAGUGUUAGUCUCUGUUCAUUAUAUCAAUGAAAGGUUGUCUUUCCUUCAGGAAAAAAAAGACAAAACAAAAGAAAGACAACACAUUGGAAAUCCUACAUGUCAGACAGAUCGAGAUUGCUCCUUCGAACAUGGAUUGACAAUUGAUGGAUGUAUUCUUUUAGAAUUGUUUUAUGUAUGCGUAAUUGCAUAUAAUAACUGUUAAUUGUAUGUGUAUUUUUCAUGGUCAGUUUAUGCUGGUGUGAUUGUGCAUCUCUUGGUUAUUUUGAUGAAUCUAACCAGUAAUUUUAAUUGAAGGGAUGGACGUAUGUGAACGGUUUCCACAGAGCCACUCGUUCAGCACCAACGUAGGAACUCGUCAUGAAUUUGCAGUAGAUGUGGCUUCUGUUCAAGCAGAACUUUUUGCCUCACAUGCCAAGGUGAGUAGGCCACUUUUACAAAUUACUUUCCUGAUGCCAGAGGUUUGUCACAAUAGAGUUGCUCUCAAAGGAUUGGUCUAUGACUUAAACAAAAAUAUAGGUUUAACUUCCCCACAUUAUAAAUAGAUGAUGUGUAGAAAUGCCUCAUGGUAGAGUUUCUUUAUUUCCUUUCGGAUAGAGUCUCCUUGAAGAUUGCAAAUAUAAUGAUUUUUUUGUAAAAUCAAGUCAUUGUAACAUGCAGCGUUUAAAGUACUAUAGUUCAACAAACCGAAUUUGAGCGGUUAAGGCAUUUAUCUUAGGAGUUAAUCUCUCUGCUCUCUUGCUCAAGCAAUGUUUUCUUUCCAAGUUUUGGUUUCUGAUCUUUUUAGAAACAGGCUCAAGAAAAGUCCAACAAAUGCUUUUCAAUGAGCCCAAAAGAAUAUCAUUCAAUAUUGUAUGAAUAAAGAGAUCAAUCAAGCCCUAGACUAAGACCCCUAGUUAGGGAAGUAUUGGGAUUAUUAGUAUGGUUAUCAGUAGUGGCAUACUACUAGUAAUUAGGUUGUGAGUUUGUUAGGACUUUUAGUUGUAAAUAGAGGGAGUGAGUUGGGAGCAAAGGUGUGAAGUUUUUGGUAGUAAUUUGUACAUCGUAGUUUCUUAAAUGAUAUGGCAAUAUAUAUUUCUAUCCUUUUUGUUCUUUACUUUUCUUGGGAGCUCUUGUUAGGUGGAAACCUAACAUACUAACAAGUGCAAGUGCAGUAUAAAAAGUUGUCAAAGAAGAAUACUUUGUUGACAGCGCGGCAGUAAUUUUCAUGCCAUAGAGGAAAAAGCUAUAUAGAUCAAUAUAGCCAAAGAACCAACCUUGAAACCUUGGUUGGGAAUCUUAGGCCUUUAAAUUCUUAAAUUUAUUGAAAUUUAACUUUUAACUUUUGAUAAUCUACUAACCAUAAGAAUAUGAUUUAUAGUCAGUAUUAUGUUGGUAAUUCGUUAGCUAAUUCAUGCUCACCAAUCAUAAGAAAAUGGUUUAGAAAAAAAUUUAAAACAUAAAAAAACUCAAGGUAAAAAACUCCCAAGAGUUUUCUAUGAUUGUAGUUACUUGCACUUGUGAUUGUGUAGUUAGUAUCUCUACAUUUUCCAUUGUGUUCCAACUGCUGUGCUGAAUAAUGAUGAGGACUCAACACUUGGCAAUUUCUGUUCAAACUAAGAAUGCACACUUGGAGGCUGUUGAUUUGUUCAUGUCGUUUCACUUUCAAGACCCCUUCCUCACAUGGGAUGCCUUGUGCAAUGCUCUUCUUGACUAUCCUUGAGGACUUCCAUUGUCAGCCAAGACAGAAAAAGCAGUAACCACGAACGCUAUAAUUUUAGUGGCCAAAUGUUUCAUCUAUCUUUUAAAGGGAUUAACUCAAGAUUUUGGAAGAUAAGUUGGCUGUUUCGUAAAGACGAACAAGAUAUCACACAAUUAUUAUCUUAAAGAUCGAUGGUUCAAUUUCUCACCUACAUAAAUUCGAAUCAAGUUUUUUCAAUCUUCAAAGUUUUUUAGAAGGUAUGCAUUGGAGUUGGGAACUGGGAAGUUGGCUAUUUGAUGACAAAAAAAAUGUGUGUUUGUAUUGUAUCUAACAAGUUUUUAGCUUAGAAAAAUGUAUUAUACACUUUUGACUUUGUAUCUAAUACCAAUCUUUAUUAGAUACGACUA